UUGAAAAAUGCAGAGCGUAUCACACAAUUAUUUGAUGUUAAGUCAUGGAUUGAGGGUGAUUUGAACAAAGUUGACCACAUCACCCAACCUUUGCACUUUAAAUUUGUUUCUGUGGACGGUGGUGUAAAAGUGUUUUAUAAAGGGGUACAAUCUCAGCCGUGGUCAGCCCUAAAUGGGAACUUUUUGAAUAAAGCGCCAAGUGGAAAGCCAGAAAUAUUGAAGCCAAAUUUUAGUAAAAUUGAAAUAGAUAAAAAUGUUAAACAAAUUAAAGCUCUGAAAGUAAUUUUCAAAAAGCAGGAUAGUACACAAAAGUGGCUAGACUUUUACGAAUCGCUCAAUUCCAACAUGGACAGUUUAGAUUCUGGAGUAUUUCCUUUAACACUGCUACCGAGACAACCUAUAAGGCAGGCCUUUCCACCAGGACAAGGAAUGGUUCGUGAACUGAUUGAAAAGGAAAACAGACAGCCAUUGUUACAGAUAAAAAAGCGGAAAACUGGAGACGAAGCUUCUGACCUCAGGGUUGCCAAAAAUAAGAAUGAUAACACUUCUGGUGGGAAAGGGUUUGGCAAAAGGAAGAGAAGAUUUAUAUAUGACACAACACUGUGCAGAUCACGACUGGUCAUGAUUUCAGAUGAAGAAAGGAAGAAACAUCUGUGGAUAAAAAUCUUGAUGGACCUGUAUACUUCAUUUAUGCAGUAUAUGCACAUCUUGUUGCUCAUUUUGUAUGUGUUCUGCUGCCUUUUUGAAGGAUAUAUUUUGUUUAUUUUAAGGUUAUUGCAAGAACUUCUGCGUCAAUCUUUAUUAGAACACAUGGGUUUAUUCCAACCCAGAGUUUCAUUUUAUGGUGAAAUUGGAUCAGUCAAUUGAAUUUGUUUUAGCAAAUAUACGUCUCUGGUGGGCAAAUAAGACACUAUUAUUGAGGUGUAGUGUUUAACAAUUUGUAUCCAGUCAAAUGUUCCUUAUUUCGCCAGUUGU